CAGCCUUAAACGCGAGCAACCUGCGUCCUGCUGCAGGUUUGCUGCCGUGAAUAUACCUAAAAAAAAUUGCAAUUGAUUAAAUUGACAAAUGACAAUUGACAUUUUAGUUUUACAUACAAGUUCGUGCUAAAGACUAGCAUCUUCCAAUAAAAUAGAGCUUUUCUUCAGUGUUGUUAAAUAAAUUACAUUAUUAAAAACGGAUCAGGUUAUAAUGUUGAGAUUUCGUCCCAAAUUGGGAAGUGAACGCAGCAGCGAAUGGCGCUGCUGUUUCUGUCUUCAUGUCCGCACUGGGACUAUCCUCCUUGGAACAUGGCAUCUUAUGUUACACCUGGUGGCUCUAGGGUUCCUAGCAGCUAUCGUGCGUGACCCACGCCUGCUGGACGAGCUGGAGCGCGACUCGGAGCCGAUCUCGACCUGGAGUCAUGUCGCUCACGAGCCCGUACCGACGCCGCUCUCUAACGUCGAGCCGAGCCCAUACCCGCAACACGCGCCGCAACCACGCGACCACAGUCUCAUAUACCAUGAUGUGGAUGUGGGUGCACUGGUUACAGUGUGUACCCUGGCCAUCACACUCAUGCUGAUCUACGGCGCGGCGCGCGGCAAGCCCGCCCACCUCUUGCCGUUCUUCUGUCUGCAGAUAUUUGACUUUGCCAUCACUGUGCUGACGGCGACCGGCUACCUGUGCUACGUGCGCUCGAUCCACCGCCUGGUGGCGGAGACGCGGCGCGUGCCGUGGCGCGCGCAGCUGCUGCAGCUCUCCGCGCCUGCGCUCGCGCUCGUCGUGCUCUACGCGUUCCUCAUGGCCAUACUACUUAAGGGCUACUGCAUCAGCGUGGUGUGGCGCUGCUACAAGUACCUGACGAUGCGCACGCACGCGGCGGCGAGCCUGACGCCGUUCGUGGUGGGCGCGGGCGCGGAGGAGCCGCUGCCGCCGUACGCCGCGCCGCCCGCGCCCGACUACUCCAGCCUGCUGCCCGACUACGACGAGGCCGUCAAGCAGACGCCGCCGCCCUCCUACCGCGCCGCCACGCUCAUGGCCGCCGCCGACCCCACUGUCGCAACACUUUCGGAGAUACCAUCGGGCGAGGUGCAGGCGCAGGUGGCGAUGCCGGUAGCGGUGCCGGUGGCCAGCGACACCAUCGUCGUGCUGCCGCACCAAGGCGCGCAGGCUCGCGUUUGAAUCUCACGCUCCGGGCUCACUGACUGCACUGAGGACUAAACACCAAAUGGAAAAACAAUAUAAUUCCCUAUAAAUUAAAAAAAUAUUUUUUAGCUAUUGGCAAUUUGUUUAUUACUUUGCUGAUUCUUUUAAUUUAAAUCUAGGUGUGAUAAUUAAAAUUUGAAAAUGUGUUUCGACCAGUGCUAGCUAAUUAAAUAUAUAAAACCUCUUUGCUCUCAGUGUAGUUUCUUUUGAUGUGUACUUUCUUAAUAAUUUGACUUCUUUCCCUGCCAUCUAUAUUUUGAAGACAGUUACUGUAUUUGUGUAUAAUUUUGCGUAAUAAUGACAAUAUGAUUACAUCUUGCGUGAUUUUUUUACCAUCGUUUGAUUUAUUUAACAAACAACGUAACUGAUGAUUUAAAAUUGACUUCACGGAAAUAUAAGACAUACUAAAAAUAACUAUUAUUAUGUACUAUAUUUUUAUGUGUUGGCAAAAUAUUUAUAUUCAUCACUUUUAAAUAACUUGUGUGUUUAUUAUUACUCGUGAUAUUUUGUCCACAUGAUUGCAUUCCAAUGAUAUUUACUGUUCACGUAAAUUAAGUUAUCUAAAAUUGGUGUGAAUAAUGAAAUAAGACUUAUAUUUACGGUCAUACUAAUUUGGUCAGUAUUUUCUUUUUAUUUUCGAUAAUAUUGUCAUAAUAUGUAACUGUAGUGCCAUUACGUUAUGUUUAUAAAAUUUUAUUUUUGUAUGUCAUUAACUUGUAGACUCGUAUCCUUACAAACGAUAUAUCUAGAAUAAACAAAUAAAGUUAUUAGAGUAGACUUGACAAAUCUUGCAUUUCGGUCACAUUGAUAAAAAAUUGUGUCAUUAAUUCAUAAUAGAUAGGCGCUUUUGUGUGUUAUCACAGUUAGUAUGCGUCCAAUUAAUACGCUGUAAACGUUGCUUUAUAAAUAAUCGCAAUCAAAACGUUUCUUGGAAACAAAUUGAAUGUUCACUGUUUUGUAGAAUCAAAAAUUUUGCCAAUUGUAGGCUAUUUACCUUUUUUUUAUAAUAUAGAUUACUACCCCAAUAAUUCUCAAAGCAAGAAUGAAAUAAAUAAAAUAUAUAGCUGAUAUUUUGUCACAUAGGCUAGAUAUUUGGAGAGCCACUUGACUCUACCUUAUUUAAAAUAUUUACCUCCAAAAUAAAAAUAUAGCUGUACAAAGAACAUAUUGCAAUUUUUAGGCAGCUACCGUAAUGGCCUAAAGUAAUGUGUUAUCUAUUUGUACCUAUUCACAAAGUCAGUGUUAUUACUUAUUAUGUACUUAUUUCAUAAAUUUAAUUGAAGCAAUAUUAUAGAGAUGAGACCCAUACUGUUGGACAUCUCAUGCUAUGUGCUCAGUUUCCAUUGUGGUAUUAUUAAGUAUUUAUUUUUAAUUCAGAUUAUUAAGUACCUGUGUAGACUGCACUAUUGAAAAUCUGCGCGUUUCAAAUAUAAAUGUACUUUUCAUAAGGUUCUAUCUAAAAUAAAUCAUGCGUAAAAGGCA